AUGAAAUUUCACUAUCAUGGCAAGAAGCAAGAAGAAGAGGACGAACAAAGAAGGGAGAUACGAGAAGCAAUGCCUGGGUGUAGAAAGAGGCACGCCGAAGCUUCCCGCUCGCAUAGAGAGGGCGAGGCAGAUGACAGCGACGGUAGCGUCGAUAUCUUCAGAACUGCAACGAACCUGGAUCCAUUUCCGCCAUGUAUCCAGACAGAAUACCCCAAGAAAACAUCUGUGCCAGCGAAGAUGACGGGUCGAUUGUUAACCAAAGUAAUUCGGAGAGAUACAGAACUAUCGGUAGGUGAAGCAGAGACCUUGAGACAACAGAAGGAUUAUAUCAGUUCCACAGAAGCCGGCAUAGAAGUCAUGAAAACGGACGCUACACCACUGGAAGCACAGACAAACCCGGACACAUCGCAAAGCGACACGUUCAGGCAAGAUACAGAAGAUCCUGUUUUCGAAUCCGCGGGAUUAUCACAUUACACAGAAGUCAUAAAAAAUGAGGCGCUACCAAUUCAGGAGCAAAUAAAUAUUGUAACGUCGCAUAGCAACAGGUUCAGACGACGAGAUACCGAAACCCUUAUACUGGAAGAAGCUAGUAUAAAAGAUCUUAUAAAGUACCUGAAGAAGGACGCUGCAGAACUUGAGCAGCAGAUAAACAUGAAGACAUCGCAGAGCAACCCGCUCAGACAAAAAAGAGAGGUCCUUAUAUUACAACCCGCGUGCACAGCAGCCGACGUAAAGUUCACGAAGAGCAAUGCCGCAGGCCUGGAGGAGCGGAAAAUCCUGGUAACAUCUCCAGGAGACAAAGUCAGGCAACGUAGAAUUGACAUUAAAAUACAAGUCUCGCGUUCAGAAGUCGAUACACAGGUCGUUACAAAGGACGUUGAAGAUCCGGAGAUAAACCUGGAAAACUCGCAAAACCACACGCUCACACGAGACAGAGACGCGCUUCUAUUGGAAGGCACGUGUACAACACCAGACAUAGAGGACAUGAAGGAGGAGGCCGAAGAACUGGAGGAGCUGAUAAACUUUCUAAGAAAUUGGCUCACACAGAAUACAGACACUCUUACAGUGGAAGCCGACCGCAGUGAACCUCUUAUAGAGGUCCUGAAGGAAGCUGCAGAACUGGAGGAACGGGCGAACCUUAUAACAUCCCAAAGGACCACGAUCAGACAAGAAACAGACGGCCUUACACUAGCAACCGCGUACGAAGCAGCCUACAAACAAACAGCGAAGAAUACUGCAGAAAUUCAAAAACGGAUAAACGUGAUAACGUCCCAAAUGAUGGCGCUCAGACGAGACAGAGACGACCUUGCUUUCCAAGCCGCGUGUACGGCAGGCCAUAUAGAGCACAUGAAGAAGGCCUCUGCAGCACUUGGACAGCAGAUAAACCUGUUAACACUGCAAAGCGACAACGUGAGGCAGGAGAGGGACGCUCUUGUAGCGGAAGCAGCGUGUAUGAAGACCGACAUAGAAGCCAAGAAGAAGGACGCUGGACUGCAAGAGCAGAUAAAUCUGCUAACGUCGGAAAGCGACAAGCUCAGGCCAGAGAGAGACGACCUUAUAUUGAAAGCCGCGAGUGCAGCGGGUCACAUAGAGUUCCUGAUGAGGGGCGCUGCUGAACUGGAGGAGCGGAUAAACAUGCUUACAUCCCAAAGCAACAGGCUCACACAAGACAGAGACUCUCUUCUGCUCCAAACCGCGCGCACGGCCACUCUCAUAGAGGUCAAGACGAAGGACGCUACAGAAAUUGAGCAGCGUAUAUGCCUGGUAACAGCGCAGAGCAACACGCUCAGACAAGAAAGACAGGCUCUUGUAUUAGAAGCAGCGCGAACAAAAGGACAUUUGGAGUUGGUGAAGAGAGACGCAGAACUGGAGGAGCAGAUAAACCUAGUAACAUCACAAAUAAACACACUCAGGGAAAAUAUACACACUUCUACAUUACAAGCGGCGUGUUCAACAGCCGAUACCGAGGUCACGAAGAAAGACCCUGCAGAAAUGGAGGAGCGGAUAACCCAUGUAAACUCGCAAACAAACAUACUCAGGGAACAUAGGGACGAGAUUACAUUACAACCCGCGUGUACAGCAGCCGACGUAAAGUUCACGAAGAGCAAGUCUGCAGAACUGGAGGAGCGGAAAAGCCUGGUAACAUCUCCAGGAAACAAAGUCAGGCAAUGUAGAAAUGAGAUUAAAAUACAAGUCUCGCGUUCAGAAGUCGAUACACAGGUCGUUACAAAGGAAGGUGAAGAACUGGAGAUAAACCUGGAAAACUCGCAAAACCACACGCUCACACAAGAUAGUGGCGGUCUGGAAGCCACGUGUACAACACCAGAUAUAGAGGACAUGAAGAAGGAUGCCGAAGAACUGGAGGAGCGGAUAACCCAAGUAAACUUGCAAACAGACACACUCAGGGAAAAUAGGGACGAGUUUACAUUACAACCCGCGUGUACAGCAGCCGACGUAAAGUUCACGAAGAGCAAGUCUGCAGAACUGGAGGAGCGGAAAAGCCUGGUAACAUCUCCAGGAAACAAAGUCAGGCAAUGUAGAAAUGAGAUUAAAAUACAAGUCUCGCGUUCAGAAGCAGGUAGACAGGUCGUUACAAAGGAAGGUGAAGAACUGCAGAUAAACCUGGAAAACACGCAAAACCACAAGCUCACACGAAACAGAGACGCGCUUCUAUUGGAAGCCAGGUGUACAACACCAGAUAUAGAGGACAUGAAGAAGGAUGCCGAAGAACUGGAGGAGCUGAUACACUUUCUAAGAAAUUCGCUCAAACAGGAUAGACACCGCAGUGAACCUCUUACAAAGGUCCUGAAGGAAGCUGCAGAACUGGAGGAACGGAUGAAACCGACACCAUCGGAAACAAAGACGCUCGGGGAACAUAAAGGCACCCAUGCACUACUACCCACGUGCACACCGGCCGAGGCAGACGACAGGAGGAACGCUGCUCUCAGUGGAAGAGCGUCCAAACCUGGUCCGCUCAAGGCAUCCCAAAUGGCAGGCGAACCCAGUUGUGAAGGCGAGUCUAACUCUGAAACUCAAGAUAGCUACUCAGAGCAGGUGACUACGGGUGGUGUAGUACUGUUCAUCAAUGAGGCCAAUUUAGCAAACAGUCCUCAGGUCGAAGUUCAAGUGUUGAACAAAAUUAAAUUCACAGCUAUUCUAGAUUCUGGCAGUGAGACAGGAACAAGGAGUUCCCGGACCCUGACGCAAUGCGCGAUCAGUUGUGCCCCAAUGGAGUGUGUUCUAGCGAGUGAGGCAGCUUGCAUAAGUAGCCCCCGCAGCAGAGUUCCUGCUAGUCUGAAUGCCAGCCCUACUUAUGAGUUAGAAGUCAACUCAGUAGAGACAGCCCUGCCACAUGGCCAACCCAUCCCCAACCCAAAACCCAGUUUCCCAGACCCCCGGUCAUUACAAGCAGCCGAUCUACACUCCUUAGUAGAGCAAGUGACUGAUUUGUCCACAGCUGAACGAAGUGAUCUAUACCAGGUUCUAUUCCGGUAUAGAGAGCACAUGACAACGCGACCUGGGAAGUGCAAGCUUUUCAUCUACAAAUUCCAGGUAGAUACCGACCGCCCAAUAGUAGGUCAUUCGAGGCCAAUUCCGUUUGCCCUCCGACCAGCUGUUAGAGAACAAAUCCGGCAGAUGCUAGUCGACGACAUUAUUGAGUAUAGCAAUUCCCCGAUUCUCAACCCAUUAACCGUGGUAAGUAAAGAAGGAGGAGACAUACGCAUAUGUGUUGAUGCCCGGAGGGUGAAUGAAGUCACCAUCCCAGACCAUGAGAGGACCCCACCCAUGAAUGAGCUCUUACAAAGAUUCCAUGGGGCAAAAUAUUUCACGUCCCUUGACCUGAGUUCAACUUAUUCACAGGUAGAGCUACAUGAGGACUCUAGAAAAUACACGGCCUUUACGUCCGAAUCCACCGUGUAUCAGUACAAAAGAGUUCCAUAUGGGUUCAGAAAUUCAUUACCCGCAUUCGUACGUGCCAUAAAGGUAACGCUGGGAACGGAUCUGGAGAACGUGGUAUCCUACGUUGAGGACAUCUUGAUACAUUCCCCUACCAUAAAAGAUCACCUAAGGCAUCUUGAUACCGUACUCGAUAAAUUAACGAAGGCAGGCUUCACGAUCAACGCCAAAAAGUGUCGCUUCUGCAAAGACGAGGUUAGGUUUUUGGGACACCGUAUAGAUAGGACCGGUGUAUCCGCUGACCCGGAUAGGGUACAGUCCAUCCUCAACUAUCCAGCACCGGGAAACAGUAAACAGCUGAGGCAGUUUCUCGGAACCUGUAAUUUUCAUAGCAGAUUCAUCAUAGGCUAUGCAAAUUACGUCGUACCGCUAACGCCUCUAUUGAAGCAAGGUGUGAAGUGGACGUGGACAGAUGAAGCACGGGAUGCAUUCCUGCGCCUGCGGCAGAGUUUUGCGCGCAGCAUUCACCUGGUCCAUCCACGUGAUGACGCACCGAAUGCAAUUUACACUGACGCCAGCAAGCUGGGGAUAAGUUCAAUACUAAACCAGGAAAGCGACUCCGGUGAGACGUUGGUAGUGUCCACCGCAUCCAGAGUGCUGAGCCCCGUAGAACGGAGGUACUUCACCUGUGAACAGGAGCUGCUUGCAGUAGUCUAUGCGCUUCAGAAGUUCAGAAUAUAUGUGAUUGGUCACUCCAUCACUGUAUAUUCCGAUAAUAAAGCAUUAUCGUUUCUGAAGCGGUGUAAUUUGACAUCUAGCCGAGUCACACGCUGGGUAAUGCAGCUGCAGGAGUACGAGUUGAAGAUUGUACACAUUAAAGGCAGCGAUAACUUCUUUGCAGACAUGCUGAGCCGCAACCCCAUUGGGUUAAGCCAAGUGAGCCGCGACCAAGUGUUGAAGCCUAAAGAGUUAUUCGUGGCAAUUGUAGACCUGGGAACUGACAGAACACACAUGAAAGAAUUAGGCAAUCUGUCGGAACACCAACUCGGUGAUCCCGCUUUAAAUAAAUUACGGGGAAGAACUGGAGAGCGACCCAGAGAAAUUUUCGGGCAGGUACAUGGUAAGAGACAAGAUCCUGUUCUGCAAAAAUGACAGGAGCCAUCCCUAUUGGAGAAUUAUGUUACCCAGACAACUAGAAGACCGAGUGAUUCGGUAUGCACAUACUUUAUUGGGACAUCAAGGCACCGAUAAAUGUAUGUUGCAAAUAGCACACUUUCCACCUAAAGUCAUUAGGAAGAAAGGUGCUGUUGUGCCACGGCACUAGAUGCCAGAUAUAUUUUGUAUUAUCAUUAAUUUUAGUUCAUUUGUAACAGAAAGGGAAAGAACAGUCACAGGAUGAUGAACCGGAAGUUGAAUGAGAUCAGACUCACGAGUGUGCGGUAUCCGGUAGUCAGCCAUUUUAUGAUGCAUCAGUUAGAGAAUUACGCACGUACACCAGUGCCCAUAUAUGGGAAAGUGAUGAAACGGCAAGAGACGAACGCCAAUGGGAAAAGACUAUUCUAGGGCGUUUCCACGCGUGGGUAGUACUCGAGCGUCGCAUAGAAACAUAUAAAAGCCCCAGACGCGAGUGCAGAAAAGGCGAAGCUAGAGAGGACUUUGGGCGUAGUUGUUGCUACCGAACUCUGUGACAGUGCCGACCAUGAAGGGACCAGCCAUCGCAGCCACUCUGUGUCUUCUAUAUUGUUCAUGUGAGUACUUGCCUCUUGUCGGGA